AUGGCGCUCGCCACCUCCCACCACCGCCACCUCGUCCGCCCCGCCGCCGCGGCCCCUCGCGUGCCGCUGCGUCCCCUCCGCUUCGCCGCCCCCCGAUCUCUCCCGAGGAUUUGUUGCCAAUCUAUCAACUCAGCUAACGUCUUGGGAGCUUCCUCAAUGACAGCUGACGACGCAGUUCCACAACCAGUUGUACUGAUAGACCAAGACUCAGACCGUGAUGCAACCAUUGUGCAGCUGAGUUUUGGAGAUCGUUUGGGGGCACUACUUGAUACGGUAUGCAUUUUAUUGUGCCGGGGAUGCCGUUUUUUUGGUCUGGCCUUGCUUAGAUAUGCUUUAAUGAUUUAUAAGUUACAGAUUUUCUGUAUCUAUAAAUUAUUGCGUCGUGGUGUUCACUGUUUGCAGAUGAAGGCACUCAAGGACCUGGGCCUUGAUGUGACGAAAGGAAGUGUGGCAACUGAUUCAUCUGUCACACAAACAAAGUUCCACAUCAUGCGAUUAGGGCGUAAGGUUGAGGACCCUGACAUGUUGGAAACAAUACGACUGACCAUCAUUAACAACCUUCUGCAGUAUCAUCCCGAAUCAAGCGAGAAGCUAGCUAUGGGUGAAUUUUUUGGAAUUAAAGCCCCUGAGAAGAAGGUUGAUGUUGACGUUGCAACACAUGUAAUUGUGCAAGAUGAUGGACCGAAAAGAAGCAUGCUUUACAUAGAGACAGCUGAUCGACCAGGCUUACUCUUGGAAGUAAUCAAGAUCAUUACUGACGUAAACGUUGAUGUGGGAUCAGCUGAGAUUGAUACUGAGGGCUUGGUUGCCAAGGACAAGUUUCAUGUGAGUUACAGAGGCGCAAAACUUAACAGCUCGUUAUCUCAGGUGCUGGUUAAUUGUUUGCGCUAUUACCUCCGGAGGCCCGAGACAGAUGAAGACAGCUAUUGA